CCGCAUUCCGAUUCCCCGCCACAAGCGGAAGCAACCCCAUCCGUCCUUCCGCCGCCUAAUCACUCCACCGCUGCAAGACCCAAUCAGGCCCAACUGUUCCCAGCACAGCACCAACCAAACACACCUUCCCCACUCCCGUGACCCAUGCCCAGCUCCCUCCACUAAACUCCCAUUCCCCUUCUCCACGCUGACCGAUAGGUGAAACCAACCGUAAGCUUAUCUCUAUCUGACAUGAACACGAUGAUAGCCAUACGUUCAGCUCCGUCUCCGGCACCGGCAGCCACAGCCACCGCCGCCGCCACCGUGUCGUCGUACUUCUACGCCUCGCCAGUCGCCUCGUCUGCCUCGUCCGCCCGACGACGUGGCGCCACCGUCAGGUGCGCGCCGGAUGGUGGGAGCAACAGCGUUGGCGCCGGGAAAGUCAAGCUCAAGGUCGGGUCUCCUGUCGUCAUCGUCGAGGUGCCGAUGAUGCUCAAGACCGCCGCGUCGGUGCCGUCGCUCAGGCACAACGACGGCCAGGUCAAGGCCGGCGACGUCGGGAGGGUGAUGGCACGGAAGCCGAAGGACGUCUGGGCAGUGCGGCUCGCCAUUGGAACCUACCUGUUGGACGGUAAGUAUUUCAAGGCGCUCGACAUCGACGAAGGCGACGACACUGCAAUGCAACAGACGAGUGACCAGCUACUGUAGCCGAAUUACAGAUUUACAGCUUCAUCAUACAGUAGCUUGCAUGAUUGUUUUUUGUCAAACAGACGCACGUAUGUAAGGUCCCUUGAAUUAUAUGAAUAAAAAAACAGAGUAAUAGAAAAAACAUAAAAUUCUGAUAAGAAUAUAGGUGUAAAACAGAUGAUUGGAAAACAUAGAAAAAACAUAUGAAUGACCGUUUGAUUGUACCACAGGAAAAACAUAAGAAUUUAAGG